AUGGUAGAGGUGUUUACCGGGCGGACACUCCUGAACAAAGACGGGGAUUUCGUUGACCCCGACGAGGCGUUGAGGAAUAAAGUGGUGGGCAUCUACUUCUCUGCGGGAUGGUGUCCGCCCUGUCGGGACUUCACACCCGUCCUGUGCGAUUUCUACACGGAGCUGGUCGAAGAGAGCGAACCUCCUGCUCAGUUCGAAAUAGUUUUUGUCUCCUCUGACAAGUCGAGCGACGACAUGGUUGAAUAUUAUCACGAUAUGCACGGAGACUGGCUUGCUCUGCCCUGGACGGAUGACUACAAACAUGAGUUGAAGCAGCGCUACAAGAUCACAGCGGUGCCCAAGCUGGUGAUCGUGAAGGAGAACGGCGACAUGAUCACAGACAAGGGCAGGAAACAGAUCAGAGACCGAGGCCUGGCCUGCUUCAGGUCCUGGUUGGAUGCCGCAGAGAUCUUUCAGAACUUUAAGGGCUAGGAAACGACGACAGCCCAUCUUUUCACGCGGGCUACUGAAAAAAAUGACCACAGAGAGAGAUGAGCAAAACAAAAGUCUUUCUACAUUCACUGUAGUUAAGUUGAUCCUAAACACAGGGUUAGGGGUUAAAUGGAUUCGAAAGCUCAAAAAUACGUUUCUGUUACACAAAACUAUGUUUAUUUUGAUUUUUCUCUAUUUUUUCUUUCUUUUUUUUUUCUUGUCAAAUACUGUCAAGACACUUUUACCUCUUAAGCAACGUGAAAUCCUUCAAAUGAACCUGAGAGAGAAAGAAAAAACCUUUGGUUCAGCUGCUCACAAGUCAAGCUUUGAUGAGGGUGUGUUUUUUUGUUUUUUAAACCAAACAUCCUAUGCAUUUAGUACAACUCUCAGGCGCGUCUGUGGUGGUUCACAUGUGAAAAAGUGCUCUGCUUUAGGGAAACUGUGUGUUUAGUAUCAAUAAUAGAAGCCAGCUACAGUAGUUUUGCUGUUUAUUUAAAAGUAUAUUGGCUGAUGUUCUUUAGAAGCUGGUGCAUUAAUUAAACAAGCAGCCAAAUCUUGCCCAUAUUACAUAGAUACAUUCUCUCCAGAGAGCACGCCUUUGCAUAUUUACAAGAGUUUGACUUGUAGUUCUACUUUGAGCUGCUUGUAUAUUUUUAUAUUUUGUCUUUUUUAUGAGUUGCUAGGACUGGUUAUUAUUAAAA